GCAUAUCCAAACCAUCUUGUGCCAAAAGUCACCAAAACGGUACCGUUUACUCCUCACAAGACUUCCACAAACCCCCGUUCCAUUGCAAACUGAUAUUAUUCAGAUGAAAAGAAAAUAAGUACAACAAAAUGGUGCUUAACCCCCCCUACAAAUUUCUUGGCCCAUAAUUUUCAUUUCUAAAGAUACCCAGUUUGUUAGUUUAGUCCCUUUACUUGUCAUAUUUGUCAAAGUUAGUCCUAAUACUAAAAUGCAAGUAUCCAGGUUUCUCUUGAACUCAAUCAAGGAUCCAUGUAAAAGGUUUACCCCACCUAAGUGCUUCCAUUCAGUCAGCUGCAUGAGAUCUGCUAGAAAGACUAAUGAUCAGCCUUUAUUAACUGGACCAUCCCCAAGGACCCCAACAUCAAAAUCUUGGAAAUCUUAUAUAUUACCUGGAGCUGUUUUGGGAGGAUUUGGUGGACUGAUCCUUUUUCUUCAUUAUAAUGAUGAAAGGAGAGCAAUUCCAAAAGGUCAAGGUGAGAAAUUUGAAAGAAGUGCAAACCAAGGGCCAAUCAUUGGCGGCCCAUUCAGCUUGGUUGAUACAGAAGGUCAUUUGGUGACAGAGCGCAACUUGCUGGGAAACUGGGUUCUUCUCUACUUUGGUUAUACUUCAUCUCCUGAUGUUGGUCCAGCAGAAGUCCAAAAGAUGGCCAAAACUAUUGAUAUUCUAGAGUCAAAACAGGAUCAAAAGAUUCUCCCAGUAUUUGUCACAAUUGAUCCUCAACGCGACACACCUUCGCACCUUCGAGCUUAUCUUAAAGAGUUUGACCCAAGAAUAAUGGGAUUAACUGGACCAGUUGCUGCUGUUAGACAGAUGACACAGGAAUACCGAGUUUACUUUAAGAAGGUUGAUGAAGAAGGAGAUGAUUAUCUGGUAGAAUCUUCCCACAACAUGUAUCUGGUGAAUCCGAAAAUGGAAGUAGUUAGAUGCUUUGGUGUGGAAUACAGUGGGGAGGAACUGGCCGAUGCAAUAGUUAAGGAGCUAAAGAAACCCGAGACAUAGCAAUAUUCGGGGUGGAGUUGGCAGAGUGGAGCCAGACGUUCAAUUUUUGCCUAUUGUCGUGGAGAUUUAAAGACGUUUUGCAGCAGCUGAGUUCGUCGAGGUGGGCUAGUUGUCUCUCAACAAUUUAGUAGUUCACAAAAAAAAAUUAACAGAAAUUUCUCUGAUGCUUUGCUGGAAAAAACUAGCCAUAUCUUCAGAUAAAUAAAAGCAAACUGGAUUGAUACUUUGUGCCACCUCUUUUCUUUUCUGGGCUAAAUGAAUUUGGACCUGGUCGAUUGGUAAUGAAAAGUAGGUGGUUGUUUGGUUGCCUAGCAAAAGUUUCAUUCUAUAGUUAGUUGAGAACAGACAGAGUCAAGUUUGAAAACAUUUACUGAAUAGGACUUUGAUGUUGCCAACUGGUAACUUCUUGAA